AAGCCCUUCAUCUGGUAUUUGAACAGCAUCGCGAAAGAAUCCAGUAACACUACCUGAUGAAGAAAAACCGGCUUUGAUUAAUCUGUCUCUGACAUCAGAGUAAGUUGGCAGGAGUCUGGACAGAUGGAGGAAGCAAUCCGGAGCGCACCGAUAACAUCACUGGCAGAUGUCUGACACACACUGAUCCUGAUGGCUCCCGCUGUGAUUCUCAUCGGCUGUCUGCUGGCCACAAUGAGCUGCUCAACCACAGCUCAAAGUACCACUCCACCUACCACAGAUCAAACUAAUACUGCAUCGGUACUAACCACAGAUAACACUACAACUACCACAUCAGUUACCUCUUUACCUGCCACAACACCACCAGCUUCUACCACAUCUACAACACCACCUGCACCAGCACCGACUACAACUACAACUACAACGCCACCUUCACCAGCAUCGACUACAACUACAACGCCACCUUCACCAGCAAUAACGACAACUACAACGCCACCUUCACCAGCAAUAACAACAACUACAACGCCACCUUCACCAGCAUCGACUACAACUACAACUACAACACCACCGACUACAACUACAACUACAACGCCACCUUCACCAGCAUCGACUACAACGCCACUUUCAACACCACCGACUACAACUACAACACCACUUACACCGGAAAUAUCGACAACUACAACGCCACCUUCACCACCUACAACUACAACUACAACGCCACCUUCACCAGCAUCGACUACAACGCCACUUUCAACUCCUCCAACUACAACUACAACACCACCUUCACCAGCAUCGACUACAACGCCACUUUCAACUCCUCCAACUACAACUACAACACCACCUUCACCAGCAUCGACUACAACGCCACUUUCAACACCUCCGACUACAACUACACCACCUUCACCAGCAUCGACUACAACGCCACUUUCAACACCACCGACUACAACUACAACACCACCUUCACCAGCAUCGACUACAACGCCACUUUCAACACCUCCGACUACAACUACACCACCUUCACCAGCAUCGACUACAACGCCACUUUCAACACCUCCGACUACAACUACAACACCACCUUCACCAGCAUCGACUACAACGCCACUUUCAACACCUCCAACUACAACUACAACACCACCUUCACCAGCAUCGACUACAUCUACACCACUGACUACCACGACUGCAAUUUCUGUAAAUCCAUCAACAUUGACUAGUAACCGCAGUAAUGUGACCUCCAUCCCGGUAACCACACGGCCUGGAGUGACCAAUGCAACAACAACUACUACUACAACAACUCAGGCUCCCGUUUAUGGAAGUUGUGGGAAUCCAGGUCUGUGCUGCUCUGGAUUGAAUAACUCCUGUAGCCGCUUGAACUGUUAUUGUGAUGUUGCUUGUCUGAGAUUACGUGACUGCUGCCCUGAUUUCAAACACACCUGCCUCACAGUCAAUAACAGCACCAACAAUACAAAACCAAACACCACUUUGCCAUUAACAGGAAAGUGUUCAGAGCCGACUCUGUGCUGCAGUGGCUUAAACUACAGUUGUUUCAGAGGCUGUUUUUGUGACGAGAACUGCAAACAGUUCAAUGACUGCUGCCCCGACAUCAACAGCACAUGCGUUUUCAAUACCACAACUGCAGCCCCUCCAUUCAACGUUACUACAGCCCCUCCAGUAAACUUCACUGCAGCCCCUCCAUUCACAUCCACAGCAACUCCACCAAAAGAUGUUCCUACAGUACUCAAUGUUCUGGAGGCGAGGGUUUUGACCAAGUUGGCUUCCUCUGAAGAAGUGCGUCAGGCUGUAAUGCAUCAGGUUGGCGCUUUGCUGGGGAAUUUAUUAGGAGUGAAUAAUACUGACAUCAUCUCUUUGAAGGUCACAAGAAUUAAGCCGGUAUCAUCACCAUAUGAUUGACUUGGCAUUGCUAGUGCCAUGCUCUAACUACUGAGCUACAGUAAAGCUUUUAACUUUUACUAUCUUAAUAUGAGAUUAUUUACUGUGAUGGUUCAACUAAAACAUUGCAUUUGCUAACAAAACUUAUCCAUUUAAAUGUUUUAACCUUAAACAUACAAACACUUUAUAUGUGUGAAGCAAACUAUGGAAAGAAUGUGUAAGAAAACAUCAGUUUAAUUAUCUGCGCUCUUGUAAUUCCUUGUGGCUAAGGGGAAUCUGCUGCUGCUUCUUUUUUAACUUGGUCUUCCCCAUUUUUAAGAUUCCUGUCUGUUGAUGACUAACUCAUAUAAACCAAAACAUUUAGAAAAUGAGCAAACUAAUAAUUAAAACUGUCAUUCUGUUGGAUUUCCUGUUCAUCCAGUAGUCAAUGUGUUUCCUGGUGCUGCUUCAUGACCUUGUUUAAGACACCUUUCAAUGGCCUCAUUGUUUGUACUGAAAAAAAUGAAUUUACUUAAAAAAUACAAAUAAAGUUACAUUUAU